AUGCCAGGCAAAUACCCCGGCACCCUAGCCCUCGAUUCUUCCAAAGCAAGCUUUGCGUUCAAAUAUACCUCCGUUUUUGCGAGCGACACCAAUUGGAUCGGCAUCUACUAUGCCUACGGGGGCGGGCCCGACCACGGCGAGUAUGUGCAGGAUUCGCUGACCUGGGCCUGGGCGCCUGCAAAGGGCGGAACCGUCUCAGUGUCGCCCGACAAGCUGCGAAGCGGUACAUACAAGGCGUAUCUGCUGGCCGAGGGCGGGUACAAGCUGCUCGCGAAGCCAAUCAUCGUCAACCUGGGCAGUCGUAGCGAUCUGGCCCUCUUUACCGACUCAUUCACCACGCACAAUGCCCGUCAGGGAGAGGCAUUCACGGCCAAUGUGGGCAACCUGGUCAACCGAGCUGGUGAUCCGCGCACGCACUUUUCUGCAGAGGAGCUUGAAAGUUGGGCCGAGGUGGAUGAGCAGGGCAUCAUCUCUGGAGUUCCGCCGGCCGAUGCCAGUGACACGACGCUCCAUGUGCGAAUCCAAAACGAUGGAACGAUAGUGAGGCUGAGAGUCUUGAUACCGGUCCGAAAACACAACGAGCCGUUGGUUGAACAGCUGCGCGUUUUGAGCUUUAACCUCUGGGUGGGCGGCCAGCCGGUGAACAACCAUCACGAAAAGCAGAUUCGUUUCCUUGCGCGGGAAAACAUUGACAUUGUGGGAAUGCAGGAAAGCGGCGGGGGACACGGAAUCCGACUCGCUCGCGCACUUGGCUGGCACUCUUGGCAAGGCCCGGAUGUGGCCAUUGUCACUCGCUACCCCAUCGCCGAGGUUCUCGAAGCUCCCGCCAAGUCUGGCGCCGUCCGCAUCAGCCUCGACGGGACCAAGAGCGACAUUGUAUUCUGGAACUGUCAUCUAGGCUACGAUCCGUACGGGCCGUACGACUUUUGCUUUGACCACAUGAGCUUCGACAAGGUCAUGCAGCGCGAGGCGCAAUCAGGCCGAACGCCGGAAAUCACUGCCAUCAUGGAGAGCAUAAAGGGCGACGUUGCCAACGCCGACAACGUGCCUCUCUUCUUCACGGGCGACUUUAACGCGCCCUCUCACCUCGACUGGAUCGACGCCACAAAGGACCAGCACUGCGGCGUGGGCUACACGGAGUGGCCAACGUCCAAGCGUCCUGCCGAUGCUGGGCUGGUCGACUCGUACAGAGUUGCGCACCCGGAUCCCGUGUCUCAGCCGGGCAUCACGUGGUCCCCCAUCUACCUCGAGAAUAAUGGCAGAAAAGAGCCCAUGGACCGCAUCGACUUUGUGUACCACAAGGGGAAAAAGCUGGUCGUAAAGAGUUCAAAGGCACUGGUUGUCGGGAAGCCAACUGCUCAGCCCAACCAUGCUGAUAAUGAGUGGACGUCGGAUCAUAAAGCUGUGCUGACGGUUUAUAAGAUCAUGGCAUAG